AUGUACCAAGAAGCCCUUAAAGCUAACACAAGACAAAUUAAGUCAUUGAUCAGUGAAGUCAACAUGUAUGAAAGUCAAAUAAAUGAGUUUAAAAAUGAAGUUAAUAAACUAAAUCGACAAUUAGCCGAAUUACGACAGAAAUAUUUACUACAGAAGAAAAAAGAAUCCAUUGCAAAAGGAAGCGAACAUCGUGCCAAAACACAUCAACUUACAGCAACCACUGAUGACUUACCAUUGCAACAACUACUACCGUAUCAUAUGAGACCAAUACGAUUAUCUCAUCAACCUCGUUUCACUGGUGGUGGAUUCAACCUAAAACCUAAACUGAAAUCUUUUUCUGUCACUGAUUAA